GCCGGCUGGACUCGCCCUCUGGCUGAUACGCCAGCCUGGCGCAUCCUCGCCAGCAGCCACAUCAACACAGCUGCCUCUUUAAGCUGAAAGCCGAUUAUCGCUGAUCUCGGUAGUGAAUCCUUUUUACCGUCUGUUCACAGGAACUGUUUUUGAUUUAUUUUGUAUACGAGAAGCGAAUAUAUUUUUGAAAGAUUUCAAAAGAAUAUAUAUAUAUAUUGUUAUUGGCCUUUUUUGGACAGCUUUGGGUAUCCAAGCGUCUUACAGCUUGCGUUCACAUAUCAACUUUCGCCAGCCUUUCCGUUUGUACUUGCAUUAUCUUUUCUUAGACAGAUUCAGUUUUUCUUACUUUUUAUUUAUCUCGUCCAAGUCUGGGAAUCAUGGGCUCAUGCGCAACAGUGUGAGAAACAUACCUGCAAAAUGCAGAAAAGUGUGCGGUGUAAUGAGGGGCACGCACUUUACCUCUCACUGAUCGCUCGUAGAGAGGGAAUCAAACGUGGCUACCUGAGUAAGAAGACAACCGAAAAUAGUCGUUGGAAUGAAAAAUACUUUGCUCUUCAUCAAAACGUACUGUUUUACUUUGAGAAUGAGCAGAGCACGCGGCCAACGGGGAUUUAUCUGUUAGAAGGUUGCACGUGUGAGCGCAUGCCCGCGCCGAAAGCACCAUCAUCUGGUAGAGACAGUUCGGAUAAACUGCAGCAUUGUUUCCUGGUCGUCUUCGGCCACGAUGGCCAGAAACCUCUGGAGCUGCGAACCAACGACGACGAGGACUGCGCUGAGUGGGUGGAGGCCAUUCAGAGGGCCAGCUACUCCACCCUCGUUGUCGAGCGGGAGGUGCUCAUGCAGAAAUACAUCCACCUGGCGCAGAUCCUGGAGACAGAGAAGGUGGCAUCCAGUCAGCUUCGCACACAACUGGAGGAUCAGCACACGGAGAUCGAGAGGCUGAAGGGCGAGAUUGCUGUCAUGAACAAAGCCAAGGAGAAGAUGUUACCUUCUCAGUCUAGUCGAGAAGAAAAAGAAAACCCUGAUAUCGUGAAAAUCAAAAAGGUGCAAAGCUUCAUGCGUGGCUGGCUUUGUCGAAGGAAAUGGAAGCUCAUGGUCCAGGACUACAUCUGCUCUCCCCACGCAGAGAGCAUGAGGACGAGGAACCGGAUUGUCUUCAGCAUGGUGGAGGCGGAAGCGGAGUACGUGCUCCAGCUGUCUGUCCUGGUCAACUGUUUCCUGCGUCCACUCCGCAUGGCCGCCAGCUCAAAGAAGCCUCCCGUCAGCCACGAUGAUGUCAGCAGCAUUUUCCUAAACAGUGAGACUAUAAUGUUUCUUCAUGAGAUAUUUCACCAAGGUUUAAAAGCAAGAAUUGCCAGUUGGCCAACAUUAGUUUUAGCUGACCUCUUCGACAUCCUGCUGCCCAUGCUGAACAUCUACCAGGAGUUUGUGCGGAACCACCAGUACAGCCUGCAGGUUCUGGCUAACUGCAAGCAGAACCGGGACUUCGACAAGUUACUGAAGCAGUACGAGUCCAAAGUUGCCUGUGAGGAGCAGAUGUUGGAGACAUUUCUCACCUACCCCAUGUUUCAGAUUCCCCGAUAUAUUAUCACACUCCAUGAGCUACUAGCCCAUACGCCUCAUGAACAUGUCGAGCGUAAGAGUCUGGAAUUUGCCAAGUCGAAGCUGGAGGAGUUGUCCAAAAUGAUGCAUGACGAAGUGAGUGACACGGAGAACAUCCGUAAGAACCUGGCUAUUGAGCGGAUGAUCGUGGAAGGCUGUGACGUUCUCCUGGAUACCAACCAGACCUUCGUACGUCAAGCAGGCACUCUGCUCCAGGUGCCGUCGGCGGAGAAAGGCAAGCUGGGUAAAGUGCGGCUGGGCUCGCUGUCGUUGCGCAAGGAGGCUGAGCGUCAGUGUUUCCUCUUCACCAAACACCUCCUCAUCUGCACUCGCACAUCUGGUGGCAAGCUGCACUUGCUCAAGCAAGGAGGCACACUGUCGCUGAUAGAAUGCACUCUCGUGGAAGAGCUAGAUCUCAGUGAUGAGGACUAUAACGCUGCAGGUCAGGGCUUUAGCCAUCUGGAGUUUAAGGUGGUGGUCGAGCCGGUGAACGCUCCUUCCUUCUCCGUGGUCCUCCUGGCUCCAUCUCGCCAGGAGAAAGAAGUCUGGACCAGCGACAUUAGCCAGUGUAUCGACAAUAUCCGCUGUAACGGGCUGAUCACCAGUGUGUUUGAAGAGAACUCUAAAGUCACUCUGCCGUACAUGCUCAAGUCAGACGCCCGUCUGCAGAAGGACGACGUGGACAUCUGUUUCAGCAAGACGCUGAACUCCUGCAAGGUGCCACAGAUCCGCUACGCCAGCGUGGAGCGUCUGCUGGAGCGCCUCACCGACCUGCGCUUCCUCUCCAUCGACUUCCUCAACACCUUCCUGCACACCUACCGCAUCUUUACCACAGCAACCGUUGUCAUGGACAAGCUGGCCGACAUCUACAAGAAGCCCUUCACCUCCAUCCCUGUCAGUCUCAGGGUUCAGUACCAAUCAUCUGACCGUUUGUCCAUCUCGUCAGUCUGUCCAGACUUCAGCCUGAAGAUCACAAGGCCCACCCUGGACCAGUCCAAGUCCCUCGAGCUCUUCUUUGCAAGCAGCCAGGGCCCCUGGGGCUGCGAGCAGCUGAACAACAAGUCCCCUCGCCUUUCGCGCAAGUUCUCGUCAGCCCCGCCCCUCUGUGUAGCCUCCCUCACCGCCUCGCCAGUGCACUCACGCAAGCUAUCGCUCAGUUCCCCGGUGGGCGGGGUCAGGGCCGGCACUCUGGACUCUUCCCCGCCUCCCACCUGCCCCAGGGCCCCUCUGAACCUGAGCUGGGGCCCGAGCUCACCUGAGUUGGGCCCCCCCAUGCCGGAGGAGGCAGGCGAGCUGCCUCGCGUCGACGCCUUCUGUGGGAAGGUUCGGAGAAGCAUACGACGGGCUGUCUUAGAGUCUGCAUCACUGGAUAAGUUCAUUCCGGAGAUGACCACUCCUACUGAGGCGGGUGACCUGUCCCCGUGCCGCUCACCCUCCACUCCCCAUCACCUCCUUCACAGACAGCCUGGGGGUCCAUCGGCGGAAGGCUCGCGCUGCGCCAUGUCUCCAGCCUCAGCUUUCGCCAUCGCCACGGCAGCAGCCGGUCACACCGGCCUGCAAGGCUUCACCAGCACGGAGAAGUCGCAUGACAAGGAGUUCCUCAUCCGCAGAGCUGCCACCAACAGGGUGCUGAACGUCCUGCGUCACUGGGUUUCCAAGCACGCACAGGACUUUGAUACGAACCGUGAACUGAAGUCUGGGGUGAUCACCCUGCUGGAGGAGGUGUUACGGGAUCCUGACCUGCUGUCUCAGGAAAGAAAAGCCACAGCAAACAUACUAAGUGCCCUUUCCCAGGAAGAGCCAGAAGACUCCCAGCUCAAGAUCCAAGACAUUCUCCAACUGGCUGAAUACCCCAGAGCAGAGUGUUUUGAGUCUCUCUCUGCCAUGGAGCUAGCGGAGCAGAUCACUCUGCUGGACCAUGUGGUGUUCAAGAGCAUUCCAUAUGAGGAGUUUCUUGGUCAAGGUUGGAUGAAAGUAAACAAAAAUGAGAAGACUCCAUAUAUCAUGAAGACAAGCCAGCACUUCAAUGAUAUGAGUAAUCUGGUAGCAUCUCAGAUCAUGACGCAUGCGGACGCUAACUCCAGGGCCAGCUCCAUUGAGAAAUGGCUGGCUGUGGCCGAUAUCUGUCGCUGCCUGAACAACUUCAAUGGCGUGUUAGAGAUUAUGUCCGCUCUCAACCGCAGCGCCAUCUACAGGCUGAAAAAGACUUGGGCCAAGGUCUGCAAGCAGACCAAAGCCCUUAUGGACAGGCUGCAGAAGAUUGUGUCAUCUGAAGGGAGAUUUAAAAACUUAAGGGAAACCCUUAAAAAUUGCAAUCCUCCAUGUGUACCCUAUCUUGGCCUGUACCUCACAGACUUGGCAUUUAUAGAAGAAGGUACACCCAACUUUACAGAGGAGGGCCUUGUCAACUUCUCCAAAAUGAGAAUGAUUUCUCACAUCAUACGAGAGAUUCGGCAGUUUCAGCAGGCCCCCUACAGGAUAGAACAUCAACCCAAGGUGACACAAUUUUUACUAGACAAAAGCCUUGUAAUGGAUGAGGACACUUUGUACGAGCUAUCUUUAAAGAUCGAACCGAGACUUCCACCUGCCAACUGACAGCUGCAAUGGAAUUCUCCUGCUUCCAUUCUGGCCAAUAGUAUGUGAAGUAUGAAGAUUUUGCUCUUAAAUCAUUGCCAGUGAAAACUUUUAAGAAGCUUUAAGAUGCGUGUGGGCAUGAGCUUGGCAGUACUGGGGGCCCAGGCACAUGGAGUUCAGCAGAGACAAGAAUCCUGGUUCCAGGUCCAACAUGUGGACUGAAGUAUCCAGGACCUAGGGGAGGACCACAUUUAUACAGGGUUCAGGGACGUCAUAAAAACAGCUUCUCUCUGCUUUGUUAAAAGGUACAGUUUAUAUAACAGUACAGAUACAGAUACAACUAUUUAAGAUUCGUCUUAUGACUAACAUUACAUACGUUUGGAAAAUUAGUAAUAUUUCACUACUCAGGUCAUAAUGUGCCUUUGAAUACAUAUCUGAAUACAUAAUAGAUGUUUCAGUUCAUAGUUCAUAGUGAGAGACAAGUUUAGGAUUUUAUGAUCUUCAAAAUACAUGGCACCAACAAUAGUACAUCACAAGAAUGUCAGUAAAACGCAAUAACUUUGGGAACUGAGGCGAGACAAGCCUUUAAGAGGAGAGUUCCAGAUCCACAUUGUUGGAGAAGCAUUAUUUUCUUCUGUUUUAAAUGUCUAUCAAGUGUUCAGUAUGGUGUCCAACAGUCCCAUGAAUGUGAUACCUACUGGAGAAUACUGAAACAGAAAUUUUAAGUUUAGUUUUAUACCCUGCUAACCACCUUUAUUGUCUAUGAAUAUAUGUUGAUUCAUACUUGUGAUUAUACUAUACAUUAAAAAUGUUACAUGAAUGUGUAUUUUUUAUUGCAAUCAUCUGUUUACUUCAAAUUUUAAAAUUUUGUCCAUGUUGUCUUCAAGGCAUGUAUUUAUGUAAAUGCAUUCUCACCUCGUGCUCAGAAAUAAUAAAUUAUAAUAAGUGAGAUAUUUUUAAUUUGCUGUUACAAAAGCUCUUCCUGUGAAGAGACGUGACCAGGAAGUAGGGUGCUGUGUCUCUGUAACUAAGAACGUUUUAUUAACAACAAAACAAGAAUGAACCAAAACAAAACACACUAGACCAAACCAGUAUAGCAAACAGCGUAACACUGCAAACACUGGCGACAUAUGUACAUAAUGUGUGGAACACACGUGGACAAACGCAGACUAACAUACAAGCACUUAAAUAUACAUGCUAAUGAUGAGUGUACAUUCCAUUUAAGGACAAUUUGGAACUCUCCAAACCCUACAGGACUUCCACAGUUAUUUUAUGCUCCUUAGUUCAGAUGACUCAUAUCGGUCAGGUAUAGUAAGACCAUUCAAACAUUUCCAGGUGUUUUCAUCUCUGGAAAUUAGGUGGAGGGGUCCGUGCUGUGAUACUUCCUAGUUAUUAAAACAAAUGUAGCAUAUGCACCUUUGUCCAAGGGCACGUGGAAAUGUUUGAAUGGUCUUACUAUACCUGACUGAUAUAAGUCAUCUGAACUAAAGGUGCAUAAAAUAACUGGAAGUCCUUUAGUGUUUCGAGAGAUCCAGAACCCCAAAAUGUCCUUCAAAGUGUUUAUGGGUAAGAUGAUUUAUUUGUUUUUCUCUGUAUGUGAAAUGUCUUUUUCUUUAUGUAUAAAUGUCUGUGCAAGAAAAUAUGUUCUUAUUAUGUUUCUGGGUUUUUUUUGUUGUUGUUGUUGUUGUUUUAAAUUAGAUUAACAAUCUAAAAGCAUCUCCAAAACUUGAGAACAGUGGUGUAGGUUGUGUGUA